ACUUCCUGCACGCCGUGUCGCUGCUGCUGGUCCGUGAACAUGGCGUCCGCCGGAGCUGCAGACGACUGGAAGAAGGAGCUCACAUGUGCGAUCUGUCUGGAUUAUUUCAAGGACCCCGUCAUCCUGAAGUGCGGCCACAGCUUCUGUCGCUUCUGCAUCUGCAUGCACUGGGACGAGAAUGGUUCGGACUACGGCUACCAGUGCCCCCAGUGCCGAACGGUGUUCAACAAGAGGACGUUCACCAAGAACUACCUGGUGCAGAACCUGGUGGCCAAACUGGACGAUCUGGAGUGUUUGGGCUCCAGCUCUUCGCCCCCCCAGCCUGUCAAAGUAGACGGGAAGUGUGAGCAGCAUGGAGAAGAGCUGAAACUCUACUGCCAGACUGACAAAAGGCUGAUCUGUGUUGUGUGCCGGGAAUCCAGAGCACACAGACACCAUGAGGUGGCACCGGUGCCAGAAGUUGCCAAUGAUAUGAGGAUGGAUUUGAAGCAGAAGCUAAUUGAGCUCAACUGGGAGAAGUCUGCGUGUUUGGACAUUACAACGGCUGAAACGCUAAACAAAGAUGAAGCAGUGGUCAACAAACGGAGAAUCAAGGAGAAGAUAGAAGCGGAUAUCGGUGCCAUGGUCCAGUUCCUGCUGAGUGAGCGAGACUCCCUGCUCGAGGGCCUGGAGAUCCAGGCAGAGGACACCGUGUCACUGUUGGAUGAAAACCUGGAGAUGCUGGAGAAGGAAGGUGCAGAUUUGGACAAAGUCAUAGCUGAUAUCCACGGCCACAUCGGUGGGAAGACGAGCUUUGAGAGUCUUGCUGAGACAUGGAAAGAAGUCGUCCACCGCGAGCCCUUCCCCAGCCCCGAGGUUCUGGGUGUGAAUACUGGAUAUCCCAAAUACUCGGGGCCCAUCCAGCUUAUCUUGUGGAAGAAGAUGAUGCACGUGCUGCACACCAUGCCUCAGAACCUGACCCUGGACCCCAACACCGCUCACCCAUACCUGUUCAUCUCAGACUUUGACACCAAGGUGGAGGAGGGCCACGUGCGUAACCAGGACCCGGAGAUGCCCAGCCGCUUCAGCCGAUUCUGUGGGGUGCUGGCCAUAGCCCAGUACUCCAGUGGCCAGCACUACUGGGAGGUGGAUGUGAGGGACAAAGGCGUGUGGUACCUGGGAGUCACCACUCAGAGCAGCAACAGGAAGGGCUUCGUCAACCUCACGCCCUCCGCAGGAUACUGGAGCCUGUGUCUGCAGGACCGGCUGUACGCCAACGACGAGGACGGACGCAUCCCAGUGGCCGACCACUGGGACUCCCCCCGGGUGGGCGUGUUUCUGGACUACGACAAAGGACGCCUCAGCUUCUACGACGGCGUCACAAUGAAGAGACUCUACAUGUUUGACACCUGCUUUGAUGAAGCGGUCAGCCCGUUCUUCAGCCCAGGGAAAAACGAUCCAGGCAGCCGGCUGCAGAUAUGCCACUAUUACUGAACGAGCUGCAGUGAGGCUUUUAAAUGAAUUGUGUAAGAGUCAACUCGUGUACGCCUGUGAUUCCAGAUGUGCUGUUGGCUAGGAGCGCCGGUUUAGACACACACACACUGUAGGCUCAUAGCCUGACUACUGUGGCCGGGUGUCAGCAGAGGAACUGUGUCUGCUGGGAACCAGUUAACCGACGGCUCUGAUCCUGUUCGCAGCCGCGAUGCUCCACCACUGUACAUAAACCUGUUGGCUGAGUUUUUGUUGGACCGGGUCAGUGCUCCAGCCGUGUUGGUUAGUCCUGUUAGGAAACAUGGCCUCGUUAUCACAUUGAUACUUGUCGACAGUUACUCGUUAGUUCAGCCUGAAGUCGGUGCUGAUGGCCUUCAUGUCUCAGUGACUGGAUUCAGUCACGCUCUCGACUCUCGGACCUCGUUUGACCUCCAGGAACUAAUGGCUCAGGUUCUUUUGUGGAUUUUAACACCAGUGCAGAUUUUAUCUUUCAAAACUUUACCUUUUUUUUAUUAUGUACAUUCUGUACUUCUUUGGACCGUUGCAAUUUCCUCUGUUUAUUGUUCCGAGUCACAUUUUUGUGAGCAGUUAUACAAACCAGAUUUAAAACUAGGUCAGUUCCAAAGUGAGCAAGUGCAAAAAUGCUCAAAGAUUGUAGUGACCAAUUAUUAGCAUUUCAUUAAUGUAGUUAAUCAGCUACAUACGCCCGAUCAUUUUUAUCUGUGGUUGAACCCGUAGAUGUGUUUUACUGUAUAAUGACAUUCCAUCACAUCCAAGAGCCAAAACAGUGUUUAUUUUAGAUUCUGUUAUAUAAUCCUGCUUCACUUGUUUUGACGAUUUGGCCAUUUUAUUCAAAUUGAAUGUAAAAUACCUGUAUAUAGACGGCUGUACAAAUAUUUGUCAUUUCUUCUGAAAUGUUUGAUUUUACUUAUUUUCUUUCUUGUGCAGUUUGCCAAUGUUUUUAUUGCGAGGCAGAGUAGAAACAUUUACUAGGAUCAGUGAUAAUAUUUGAGAAGACGUACAAUCAACCUCAAGAUGCUUUUAGUUUUUGUAUGUUUUGCCUAUGAUGGUGUAUUUCAUUUCAUACCUGUGCAUACUUUUGGUUGCUUUUCUCAUCCAUGCGUACAGGAAGCAGUUUGAGAUGUCUUGCUAAGCGACAUAAAAAUGAUAUUGUUA